UACAUGUUACCCCCGGUUCACAUCUAUGCGGCCGGGCGGCCGUGGUGCCUCUGCAGAUCCAAGCCGCACCACCCGCACAGAGAAAUGGGGACCCGCAGGCGGGACAUUAGUUCUAAUGGCACGCCGCCCGCACUGGGAAACGCAACCGUACUGGGAACCUCGGCUGCGUUUUCCAAAGAAGUGCAGGGACUUCUUCCCUGCGUGUCACGGACACGGGAGUCCAUUCAAAUGAAUGGGCUCUCGUGCCCGUGCAAAAUGCGGCCCACACGGCCGCAU